CCAUGGAGAGAUGUUUUUUUAAAAGUGACCCACCAUUGUAGAAGGUAAUCCCUUAGCUCUGUUUCUUGAUUCCAAACUGGUCCUCCGAUGUAGUCUGCAAAGGCUUUCCAGAUGCUUUGUGCCAUCUCACAGGUUAAAAUUCAGUUUGUUGAAAAUAUUGGGAAAAGGGUGAAAUUGGUUCAAAGCUUUCCAAGUGAAAAGCUUAACCUUAGGAAUCUGGAAUUUGUUCGAGUUAAGGGUGAAAAGCUGCUCACUGAUAUUCCUUUCCCUUACUGCCCAGUAAGCCUCUUUGAAUGUGAAUUCUCCAUUGAUCCAACUGUAGAUCCAGACCUUGCCAUCUUGGUGAUGUUCACAAAUUUUGAUGUGGUAGGAGAUGUGGCUGGGGGACCCAUAGGCGAGAAGGCUGGACCUGCGGGCUCCCAAGGGAAAAAGAAGAAAGACACUCGGUCGGCCCGAAAAGGCGACUUGAGAGACGCGCUCAAGGAGAAGAGAGGGGAAUCCACAGCGACCUCCAAGGUCGGGUCUGAGGAGCGACGGAUAGCAGUCGGGGAUAAGGGCGCAGCCGAGCUGUGGAAAAUGUACGAACAACUGGAGAAGCGGCUGGAUGCCCAGAACCCCUAUCGCCAGGCGGUCUUCAGUGAGGUAACGCCCUUCUCCAAAAGGAUAAUGUCCUGCCCCCUCCCAGAUAAUUUCAAGACUCCCCAGAUCAAGGCAUACAACGGGAGGACCGAUCCUCAAGACCACCUCGCUCGCUUCGGGGCCAACGUGGUCAUGUACGCAUAUCCAGAAGAAAUCAAGUGUCGGUGUUUCCUGGCGACACUGGAAGGGCCGGCUUGUGAGUGGUUUCACAAGUUACCCAAGGGGUCGAUAGAUAAGUGGGGCGACCUGGCCCACAAGUUCUUGGAGCACUUCGCAUCCAGCCGGAGACAAAAGCUCCCCUUCUCGCAUUUGCUCCAUGUGAAGAUCCGGAAGGGGGAACAGCUCCGGGAGUUCAUCAAUAGGUGGGAGAAGGAGGCUAGGGAUGUCCAAGGGGCGGACGACCAAGCCCUAAUCGCCAUGCUCCAAGCUACACUCCCCCAAGGGGAUGUGCGUAAGGAGCUGCGACGGAAUCCUCUCUCGACCUAUCAAGAGAUGUUGGCCAGGGCGAAGUACCUGGCGCUGGAAGAGGAAGAUGAUGAGCCACCAGUCCGGAAGGAGAAGAAAAGCGGGCCACCGGUGGCAGAAGGGAAGAAAAGGAAGGAUUAUGGUAAGGGGCCGAACCCCACCGGGUAUCAUGCGAGCAGGCAUCCCGUCCAUGCGGUACAGUCGUUGCCGGCCCCUCCUCAUGGUUGGGAAAGCUAUGGUGUGCAAGAUGCACCCAAAUACUGCGAGUACCACCGUAACAGCACCCAUAACACGUUGGAGUGCGUUACGCUGAAGAAGGAGAUGGAUCAGCUGAUCGCUAGAGGGCCACCUCCUCGGUCGGAGCGACCGUCCACAAGUAACCGGACCUGGAGGAGACCGCCAGCCCCCACGGCAGCGAUCACAGCAGGAGAGGGGCAAGAAGAUGGACGGCGACACCUAGGGCGAGAUUGUGAUGACCUAGAUGAGGAGGAGAGGCAAGGUCGCCGACACCUGGGGUGCCGGUUCAUCAUGGGAGGAAACACUGGAGGAGAUUCGGUAUCCUCCCGGAAGAAGUGGAAAAACAUGGUGUACCUGGCCGAGGUACAAAGGCCACUGCUGCCUAAGCGAAAGAAGAAAGAACCUCUGAUCUUUACAGACGAGGAUUAUCCCCCAGUCCUCAGUCCUCACAGGGACGCUCUGGUGAUAAGAGUGGAGAUCAAUAAUGUGGUUGUUCACCGAACCUUGGUCGAUACGGGCAGCUCGGUCAACAUAAUGUACAGCAACACCUUUAAGGAGUUGGGAUUGUCCCGAAGUGACCUGAAGCCUGUUAGAAUAAGGUUGGAGGACCUGGAGUGCGUAAUCUCCCCCGUCCACUUAUGCCUAAAGUUCAACACUCCCACAAGGGUGGGGGUAGCAAAAGGGAACCAGAGCCUGUCACGAUCGUGCUACGUCAGGGCGACCAAAAGCCAAGCCCGAGUCGACGAGAAUGUGAGCACGAUCUGUGCGGCGAUCCAGAAGGAGGAGGGGCGACCCCGAGCUGAGCCGGCGGAAGAGGUCGAGGAAGUUUCUUUGGACCUGGUUGAGCCAGAGCAGAAGGUGAAGCUCACCCCAUAUUUUCAAGCCCAUCCGGUCCAUGUGUUAUCACAAAUUCCCAUCGGGAUGCUUCUUCAAAGCCCAAAUGCCCCGUCACGGGUCAGCAAAUGGGGAGUGUUCCUGGGAUCCUUUCAAAUAGAGUUCAAGCCGCGACCGGCGAUAAAGGGGCAAGCAUUAGCAGAUUUCGUGGUAGAAUGCACUGCGAGGGAGGUAGAAUCUAGUGGAGAAGAAUCCGAGGAGAAUUGGUGGACCGUGUACACCGAUGGGUCGUCCGCGACUGAUGCUUCGGGGGGAGGUGUCGUGGCGAUAUCUCUGGAUGGGUUCAAGGCAUACUACUCCGUGAGAUUCCAGUUUAAAGUCUCAAACAACGAGGCUGAAUAUGAGGCACUGCUUUGCGGCUUGAGGUUGGCAGCCUCAUUAAAAGCUGAGCGAAUCCAAGUCCGGUGCGAUUCCAAGCUAGUGGUAGGCCACGUCACUGGAGAAUUUGAGGCCAAGGAUGAACGAAUGAAGAAGUGUAGAGACACUGUCCUGGAGUUGCUUAAAGCAUUCGGGGCAUACUGGAUAGAGCAGGUUCAUCGGGAAGAGAACGCUGAGGCAGAUAUCUUGUCAAAGCUUGGUUCGGAUUCUCCGGAUCAUAUUAAGGCAAUGACCCAGGAAGAAGAGUUGCUCGAGCCAAGCAUCAGUCCCGGACAGGUGCUGAUCAUCACACUCAGAGAGAAGCCGGAUUGGAUUGACGAGAUUACCAUGUACAUCCUGGACGGGUCGCUACCUAUCGACCCAAUCGCGGCAAAGGUGGUGGAGCGACGUGCACCCAGCUACACGCUGGAGUGCGGUCGGUUGUAUAAACGAUCGUACAAUGGUACACUGUUGAGGUGCUUAAGAACGGGCGAGGCACAGAAGUUAAUGGAGGAAAUCCAUGAGGGAAUAUGUUCAGCACAUCAGGGAGCCUUCAUGAUGUCCAGGAAGGUGACCCUACAAGGAUACUUUUGGCCAACGAUUAUCAGAGAUUGCGCAGAGUACGUGCGCAAAUGCAAAGUUUGCCAGGAAUUCCAGAGGAUGCCAGGGCGACCGGCGACGAAUUAUACCCCGAUAAGAACAUCGAUUCCUUUUGCCCGGUGGGGCAUCGAUCUGGUCGGUAUGUUGCCUCGGGGGACGGGGAACAACACAUACCUGGUGGUCGCGAUCGACUACUUCACCAAGUGGGUCGAGGCCGCCCCCGUGCCAACCAUCACUGUGGAACAGAUGACGAAGUUCGUUUCCAAGCAAAUCUUGUGCCGAUUUGGGGUGCCCCAGCAGAUCAUCACUGACAACGGAACCCAAUUCGAGGCCGGAGGGUUCAAUGAGUUUCUACAGAGCUGGGGCAUAAAACAAAGCUAUGCAGCGGUCGGGUACCCACAAACCAAUGGGCAGGUAGAGAACACCAAUCGUACCAUCAUGGAUGGCCUCAAGAAGAAGAUAAUGGAAUGCAAAAGUGCCUGGGUGGAAGAAGUGCCCUAUAUUUUGUGGACCUACAGAACUACCCCAAGGAAGGCAACAGGUGAAACUCCUUUCUCGCUCACAUAUGGAUUUGAAGCAAGGGCUCCAGCGGAGUCCUCGUUGUUAAGUUAUAGAGUAGAUAUGUUUGAUGCUGAAGAAAAUGAGGAGAACCUGAGGGCGGAGCUGCACCUCAUUGAUGAGCGAAGGGAAAGGGCAUAUAUGCGGGCAGAAAACUACCGCCGGUAGGUCAAGUCAUAUCACGACCAGCGGGUGCGACCAAGGCAGUUCAAGAUGGGCGACAGGGUCCUUCGGAAGAGGGAGGUCAGCCGGCCGACCGAUGGAGGAAAGUUUGCUAAAAGCUUCGAGGGGCCAUAUAUCAUAAAGGAGGUGUUGGCUG